AUGCUCAGAAAGGACUGGCAGGCCUUACUUGAACAUAUGAAGCAGCUCUUUGGCCGAUGCUUGCAAGAUGGAACCUUUACAGAGUGCUGGAAGACAGCCCGACUGGUGAUAAUAAAUAAUCCCAGUAAAGACGACCUAGGCAAGGUUAAGUCCUAUCUACCGAUUAGCCUGUUACCGAUAUUAGGUAAAGCCCUCGAGUUGAUGGUAAUCCAGGAGAUUACACGAGAAACUGACCUCGACUCGCAAGCUGAACAACAUAGGUUCACGGCGGGUAAGUCCACCAUCAGCGCCGUCGAGAGCGUCUACACUUGGAUCGAUGCGUCCAAGUGUAGGAAUAUCUUCUUAACAUUCUUAGACAUCACGAGCACAUUCGACCAUGUUAAAUGGUCGCCGCUGUUAGCGCAACUUAAAUACCUGGGCGCGUCCAUCAGUAGAGGGUCGUCCAAUCGUACCUUGAAAAACAGAUGGGCCGAUUUCGAGUUGGAAGGCGUCAAUUUCAAACGCAGACUGGAACGCGAAUGA